CCUCUCUACAACAUCUCUUUCCAUUGAAACUUCCCUCAUUCUCCUCCAACAAAACAACUAACCAUGGCUGAAGAACACAAACAAACCACAAUCCCAAUCCCUAAAGAAGUAGAAAAGACUUCAAAUGUGCAAAUAUUAGCUGAUAAUUCAGCCAAUGAUGCAGAAACUGAAACCAAGAAUGUUGUAGAAAAUGUUGUUGCAAAGGAAAUGGUGGAAGAGGAAGAAGAAGAAGUUACUUCUGAGUUUAAAGUUUGUAUAACAGAAAAUGGAGCUGAAAUGGGUAGUGAGGAUGAUGAUAACAAUAAGUAUCCUGAGCUUGAAAUGAAGGCCAUGGAAGAGCUUAAGAAGCUUAUUCAGAAUGCUAUUAACAACCAUGAAUUCACUGAUCCUCCAUUAAUACAGGAACAAGUAGAAGAAGAAGCAAACGCCGAUCACAAGACUAUUGAAGAAGAAACCAAUGAAGAGUCUGAGGAAGCAACGAAUAAAGUAACUGUAGAUGAGGACGGAACAAAGACUGUAGAAGCAAUUGUAGAGACAAUUAUAGUUCAUACAAGUGCAGAAAAGUUGCAGAAUUCCUCUGCAGCUUCUGCAUCUUUAUCUUCUGUUGUAACUUCACAAUUUGAGAAGUUACAGCAGGAGACAGACACAACGACACCUCCUUCUGUAGAGGAGGUGUCGAUAUGGGGUGUACCCCUGUUAAAAGACGAAAGAACAGACACCAUUAUCUGGAAGUUCCUACGCGCUAGGGACUUCCAAGUGAAUGAAGCCUUUAAGAUGAUGAAAUCCACCAUUAAAUGGAGGAAAGAAUUUAAGAUUGAUGAGUUAAUGGAGGAAGAUUUAGGGGAAGAUUUGGAGAAAGUGGUGUUUAUGCAUGGAUAUAGUAAAGAAGGGAAUCCUGUUUGUUAUAAUGUGUUUGGUGGAUUUCAAGAUAAGGAAUUAUAUAAGAAAACAUUUUCUGAUGAGGAAAAAAGGGAAAAGUUUUUAAAAUGGAGGAUUCAAUUUUUGGAAAAGAGUAUAAGGAAAUUAGAUUUUUUUACAAAGGGUGUUUCUACAAUUGUUCAGGUUAAUGAUCUUAAGAAUUCUCCUGGACCUGGGAAAUGGGAACUUAGACAAGCUACCAAACAAGCCCUUCAUUUGCUUCAAGAUAAUUAUCCUGAAUUUGUUUCUAAACAGGUGUUUAUCAAUGUGCCAUGGUGGUAUGUGGCAGUCAACAAGAUGAUAAGACCCUUUUUGACCCAAAGAACAACAAGCAAGUUUGUUGUUGCUGGUCCUUCUAAAUCUGCUGAAACUCUUUUCAGCUAUAUUGCUCCAGAGCAAGUACCAAUUCAAUAUGGUGGUUUGAGUAAAGGAGAAGAAUUUGAUACCAAAGAUGGGGCAACACAGAUUAUUAUGCAGCCAGCAAGCAAAGAAACUAUUGAAUUUGCAGUUACUGAGGCAUGCAAUGUAACAUGGGAGGUGAGAGUGCUAGGAUGGGAUGUCAACUAUGGUGCUGAAUUUGUGCCUAAUGCUUCAGAUGCUUAUACUAUUAUUAUUCAGAAAAUGAAGAAAGUGGGCCCUACACAACAAUCCAUUAUCACUAAUACCUUCAACAUUGGUGAGCCUGGAAAAGUUGUUCUCUCUAUUCAUAAUUCAUCUUCUAAGAAGAAAAUACUUCUUUAUCGUCUCAAAUCCAAGCCUUCUUGUGAUUAAUAAAAUCUACCCUUGUCCUUAUCUUUUUAUUUUUUUAUUUUUAAAAAUAUAUAUUUAUAAUCUUAUAUAAUUAUAUAUUUUGAUUUUAGAGUGUCUUAUCAAGCUAUAUUGUUUUCAUGUAAUUUAUACUUUAAUUUUAUUUAUAUUAUGUUUAUUGUUGAUAUGAAGUAUUUGAAUUUUUUAUGUGAAGCAAAUUGCUUUUUAUUUUGAAAAUGGU